GAAGCAGGCUCUUGUUAUGUUUGAAACUGAAGAGCAGGCCACUGAAGCACUAGUGUGCAAACACGCGAGCUCACUUGCUGGGUCAAUAAUCCGUAUUUCCUUCUCCCAGCUACAAUCAAUUAGAGAAACCUCAUAGAAGGAAAUGAUUACAACUUGACAAUUUCUUCAUUUUACUCCGGAUGAACUCUAGAGAAAAGGUGGCCCAAGACUUCCAACUCUGUUGCGUGAAGAUUAUUAGGAAAUCAAAUGUGAAAGUAGAUAGAUCACAGAUGGAUUCAACACUGACCCGAAUAUCGGCUUCAGCUGCUCCCUUUUCUGUUAACAAUUUUCAAAAGCUUCAUGUUCUAUCUUCUUCUUCUUCAACAAGGAUUUCUGCUAAGCGAUUGUUCUGUUCCGAUCCUAAGCUGGAAAUUACCAGUACACAACGUCCCCAAUACGACGCCGUUCUCGACGAGUACGCUUUCGAGGCCCAGAGAUUACGACUCGAUUCCAAGGCAAGAGAAGCCAUGGCCGAGACUUCUAAGAGAGAGAUGGAGGCGGAUACAGAGGAUGAUCCCAAAGCUUGGAAAUGGGUCAUCCGCAAGAGAAUUUGGGAUUUUAUGGAGGCACGUAACUUUGCCCAGAACCCGCGACCUGUUCAUCAUCGUAUCCCCAAUUUUGUUGGCGCCUCAGCUGCUGCUAAGAAUUUGGCUGGGUUAGAGGUGUUCCAGAAUGCGGAUUGUGUGAAGGUAAACCCUGAUUCUCCUCAAAAGCAAGUCAGGUUUCUCACUCUCUCUGGUGGAAAGAAGCUGUUGACUCCUCAACCCCGUUUGAGGACAGGGUUUUUCUCUGUUCUUGAAUCCAAUAUGUUGCCCCCUAAUGCCAUUAAUGAGGCAUGCACCUCUGUGGGGGUUGCCAAGUAUGGAAGGCCAAUUGGAUUGGAUGAAAAGAUCAAAGUGGAUGUAAUUGUCAUUGGUUCAGUUGCUGUUGAUCCAAACACAGGUGCUCGUCUUGGCAAAGGAGAGGGAUUUGCAGAACUUGAAUAUGGGAUGCUGCGGUAUAUGGGUGCCAUUGAUGAUUCGACACCAGUUGUCACUUCUGUGCAUGAUUGCCAAUUGGUAGAUGAUAUUCCGGUCGAGAAAUUGUUGAUCCAUGAUGUUCCUGUUGACAUCAUAUGCACUCCCACUCAAGUCAUAUUCACCAACACAACCAUCCUCAAGCCUCAAGGUAUCUACUGGGAGAAAUUGUCGCCUGAGAAGCUUGGCCAAAUUCGGAUACUAAGAGAGCUGAAGAGCAGAAUUGAAAGGGAGACUGGGCAGAAACUUCCUUGUGGACCAUCUGAGAAACUACCCCCAACGGCACAGCGGAGAAAGAAAUGACUUAUAUGCGCGUUUUAAUGCAAACAAGAAGGAAAAAAUGGAUAGAGAGAGAGUGAAUCUUUAUACAAAGUAAAAGAUGUGUUUGGCAUUUCUUGUCAACCUUUGUACAGAACAAAAGUGGAUAUUUGGCACAUUCUAUGAAUAUGACUGCCUUUAUCCAGAUUCACACUGGAGUACCCAGCACUUUCUUUACUUUAGCAAGUUUAAAAGAUGGAAGACACGUGUAUAGUCAUACUGACUUUAUAUAGUUUCACCUGUAGACUCUGAGAACCUAAAUCUCUACAUAUGUAAGCCUGGCCGAGGAAAAACAAAAGGUGACUUUCUUUGUCACCUUUAAGAUUGUCA